AUGAUAGCUCCACCCCUCGACCCCUCACAGAGCUCCAGUGAUGUCGUCAACUGGCUGGUGGGGUUAUUUACCUUGUUGGCGCCCACGUUCCAACAGAUCCUCAACACAACCAAUUUCUCUUCUGUUCUUCAAAACGUCGACACAGAUACACCCGCCACCAUGAGCAUUAACACGGUAGAGCUGAAGCCGUUUACCGACCAGAAGCCUGGAACCAGUGGCUUGAGGAAGAAGGUUGUUACAUUCCAGCAGCCGCAUUACAGCGAGUCGUUCGUUACCAGUAUUCUCCUUGCCAUCCCCGAGGGAGCUAAGGAUUCUUACCUGGUCAUUGGAGGCGAUGGCAGAUACUGGAACCCGGAAGUCGUCCAGAUAAUCGCGAAGAUUGGAGCUGCGUAUGGUGUUAAGAAACUGCUGGUCGGUCAGAAUGGCAUCUUGAGUACCCCAGCUGCCAGUCAUGUCAUUCGCAAGCGUAAAGCGACUGGUGGAAUUCUGUUGACUGCUAGUCACAAUGCUGGAGGCCCAAAGAACGAUUUUGGCAUCAAGUAUAACUUGUCCAAUGGUGGCCCGGCUCCAGAGAGCGUCACAAACAAGAUCUUCGAGGUCUCAAAAACUCUCACCUCGUACAAAAUCGCCGACAUUCCAGAAAUUGACAUUGCCACUAUUGGCACUAAGACAUACGGCUCCCUCGAGGUCGAGAUCAUCGACCCUGUCGCCGACUACAUGGAGAUGUUGAAGGAUAUCUUCGACUUUGACCUGAUCAAGAAGUUCUUCUCUAAGAACAAAGAGUUCAAGGUCCUCUUCGACGCCCUUUCCGGCGUCACAGGUCCAUACGGAAAGGCCAUCUUCGAGGAAGAGCUUGGCCUCAAGAGCAGCACCCAGAACUGCAUUCCUUCGCCAGAUUUCAAUGGCGGACACCCAGAUCCCAACUUGACAUAUGCUCACUCGCUUGUUGAGAAGGUGGAUAAGGAUGGAAUCCACUUUGGUGCUGCAAGUGAUGGUGACGGAGACCGCAACAUGAUCUAUGGCGCCAAUGCGUUUGUGUCGCCUGGUGACAGCUUGGCCAUUAUUUCUCACCAUGCCAAACUUAUCCCAUAUUUCAAGAAGCAGGGUGUUUACGGCCUGGCCCGCAGCAUGCCUACCUCUGGAGCCGUGGAUCUCGUUGCCAAGGCUCAGGGCCUGAACAGCUACGAAGUGCCCACGGGAUGGAAGUUCUUCUGUGCUCUGUUUGACGCGGACAAGCUGUCCAUUUGCGGAGAGGAGAGUUUCGGAACCGGUAGCAACCAUAUCCGCGAGAAGGAUGGCCUCUGGGCUGUUGUGGCAUGGCUGAACAUCAUCGCUGGCGUUGGUGAGGCGAACCCAGAUGUCACCCCAAGCAUUUCCCAGAUUCAACAUGACUUCUGGAACAUUUAUGGUCGUACAUUCUUCACAAGAUACGACUAUGAAAAUGUGGAUAGCAAUGGCGCAGAUAAUGUUGUAAAGGAUUUGGCGGCAAAGGUCGCGGACAAGUCUUUCAUCGGAUCAAAGAUUGAAGACCGAACCGUCAAAAAUGCUGGCGAUUUCGAGUACACGGAUCUCGAUGGCAGCGUCAGCAAGAACCAAGGUCUUUUCGUCCAGUUCGACGAUGGAAGCCGCAUUGUCGUCCGCCUUUCAGGCACUGGCAGCGGUGGUGCCACAAUCCGCCUCUACGUUGAGAAGCACACCAGCGACACCAAGGCCUACGGCCAGGAUGCACAGGACUUCCUCAAGCCUGACGUCAAGCUUGCAACUGAGUUACUGAAGUUCACCGAGUACAUUGGACGUGAUACGCCUGAUGUCAAGACCUAA